GCCUAUGGGGGUGGCGGGGCAGCUCUAAAAGCGGGGGCCUGGCGAGUGCUCUGUGGAGCGACCCCGGCCUGGCCGUGGCCAUCAUGGCCCCUACGCUGUUCCAGAAGCUCUUCAGCAAGAGGAGCGGUCUGGGUGCUCCCGGUCGGGACGCGAGAGACCCGGAUUGCGCGUUCAGUUGGCCUUUGCCAGAGUUUGAUCCAAGCCAAAUUCGACUAAUUGUAUAUCAAGACUGUGAAAGACGAGGGAGAAAUGUCUUGUUUGACUCCAGUGUUAAGAGAAAAAAUGAGGACAUAUCAGUAUCGAAGCUUUGCAGUGAUGCUCAAGUUAAAGUCUUUGGGAAAUGUUGCCAACUGAAACCUGGAGGAGACAGUUCUUCCUCUUUAGAUAGUUCCAUGACUUCAUCUUCUGAGGUAAAAGACCAGUGUCCUAAGUACCAGGGUUCUCGAUGUUCUUCUGAUGCCAAUAUGCUUGGAGAGAUGAUGUUUGGCUCAGUAGCAAUGAGCUACAAAGGCUCCACCUUAAAGAUUCAUCAGAUCCGUUCCCCUCCACAGCUUAUGCUCAGCAAAGUUUUUACUGCACGGACUGGCAGCAGCAUCUGUGGAAGUCUCAAUACGCUGCAAGACAGUCUUGAAUUCAUCAAUCAGGACAACAGUACAUUAAAGGCUGAUAAUAACACAGUUAUUAAUGGACUACUUGGAAAUAUAGGUCUUUCACAGUUCUGCAGCCCCAGGCGGGCAUUCUCUGAACAGGGUCCGCUCCGCCUGAUCAGGAGCGCCUCUUUCUUUGCAGUUCACAGCAACCCAAUGGACAUGCCUGGAAGAGAGCUGAACGAGGACAGAGACAGUGGCAUAGCACGCUCUGCAUCUCUAAGCAGCUUGCUUAUUACACCAUUUCCCUCUCCAAACUCCUCACUUACCCGAAGUUGUGCCAGCAGCUACCAGCGACGCUGGCGACGUAGCCAAACAACAAGUUUGGAGAAUGGGGUGUUUCCUAGAUGGUCUAUAGAAGAAAGCUUUAAUCUGUCAGAGGAGAGCUGUGGCCCUAACCCAGGGAUUGUGAGGAAAAAGAAGAUUGCGAUUGGGGUAAUCUUUUCAUUAUCCAAAGAUGAAGAUGAAAGUAACAAAUUUAAUGAAUUCUUUUUUUCACAUUUUCCUCUGUUUGAAAGCCACAUGAACAAAUUAAAGAGUGCAAUAGAACAGGCUAUGAAAAUGAGCCGGAGAUCAGCUGAUGCCAGUCAGAGGAGUUUGGCAUAUAAUCGAAUAGUUGAUGCCCUAAAUGAAUUCAGAACAACAAUUUGUAAUCUUUACACAAUGCCACGAAUUGGAGAGCCUGUCUGGCUUACAAUGAUGUCGGGGACUCCAGAAAAGAACCAGCUUUGCCAUCGUUUCAUGAAGGAGUUCACUUUUCUAAUGGAAAAUGCUUCCAAAAAUCAAUUCUUGCCAGCACUCAUUACUGCAGUUCUGACCAAUCAUCUUGCCUGGGUUCCAACAGUCAUGCCAAAUGGACAACCACCUAUAAAAAUAUUUUUAGAAAAACAUUCCUCUCAAAGUGUGGAUAUGUUGGCAAAGACUCAUCCGUAUAACCCACUUUGGGCACAACUGGGAGACUUGUAUGGCGCUAUUGGCUCUCCUGUACGGUUAGCAAGGACUGUGGUAGUUGGUAAACGACAAGACAUGGUCCAGAGGCUGCUUUAUUUUCUUACUUACUUCAUAAGAUGCUCUGAACUUCAAGAAACCCAUCUUUUAGAAAAUGGAGAUGAUGAAGCCAUUGUUAUGCCAGGCACAGUAAUUACUACCACUUUAGAGAAAGGUGAAAUCGAAGAAUCUGAGUAUGUGCUUAUCACAAUGCAUAGAAACAAAAACAGUUUGCUCUUUAAAGAGUCAGAAGAAACAAGGACUCCUAAUUGUAACUGUAAAUAUUGCAGUCGUCCACUCCUUGGGCAAAAUAUAGAGAAUGUUUUGCGACAAGAGAGAGAAGAUAUUCAAAACAGCUCUAAGGAGCUGCUAGGAAAUUCAAACGAGUGCCGAAUGAUUUCUCCUUCUUCUGACUGCCAAGAAGAAAAUGCUGUUGAUGUUAAACAGUGCAGAGAUAAAUUAAGAACUUGCCUUGACACCAAGUUAGAAACAGUUGUUUGCACAGGAUCUGCUCCAGUGGACAGAUGUCCAUUGUCAAAGUCAAGCUUAGAGCCUGCAGAGGAAUCAUGGCAGAGUGAGGAAUUGCUAGAUUCAGGUAAUCACACAGGUAAAGUGUUCAGAUCCACAGGAAUGGUUGUGGAAAAAAAACCUCCAGAUAAACUUGUGACAGCUGCAUUUUCUUGUGAGGCAACCCAGACAAAGGUUACUUUCUUGAUUGGGGAUUCUAUGUCACCCGACUCAGAUACUGAACUCCGGAGUCAGGCAGUAGUGGAUCAGAUUACCAGGCAUCACACCAAAUCACCAAAGGAGGAAAGAGGGGCUGUUGAUCAGCAUCAAGAAACUGCACAAACAACUAAAUCUGGAGAGCCUGAUAUACCAAACAUGGUAUCUGGAGAGCCCUGUGAACUUCCCUGCUGGAAUCAUUCAGACCUCGAAAGCAUGAGCUUAUUUGAUGAAUAUUUUAAUGAUGAUUCAAUUGAAACCAGGACUAUCGAUGAUAUUCCAGUUAAAACAAGUACAGACAGUAAAGAACACUGCUGUAUGUUAGAGUUUUCAAAAAGAUUUUAUACAAAAAAUAGCAAACAGAACAAUGAAUUUUGCAAAUGUGUAGGAACAGUUCACCAAGAUUCAUGUAAAACCUGCUUUCCUCAGCAAGACCAAAGAGAUACACUCUCCAUUCUUGUCCCCCAUGGGGAUAAAGAGAGUUCAGAGAAAAAAGUUGCUGUGGGAGCUGAAUGGGACAUUCCAAGAAAUGAAAGUUCAGAUAGUGCCCUUGGGGAUAGUGAAAGUGAAGAUACAGGUCAUGAUGUGACUAGACAAGUAAGCAGUUAUUAUGGAGGAGAGCAAGAAGAUUGGGCAGAAGAAGAUGAGAUACCUUUUCCUGGGUCAAAGUUAAUUGAAGUGAGUGCUGUUCAGCCCAAUAUUGCCAACUUUGGGAGGUCCUUGCUGGGUGGCUACUGCUCUUCUUAUGUGCCUGACUUUGUUCUUCAAGGAAUUGGGAAUGAUGAGAGGCUCCGUCAGUGUUUAGUGUCAGAUUUGUCUCAUGCUGUACAGCAUCCAGUAUUGGAUGAACCAAUAGCAGAAGCUGUCUGUAUUAUAGCAGAUAUGGAUAAAUGGACUGUUCAAGUGGCCAGUAGCCAGAGACGAAUGACAGAUAAUAAAUUGGGAAAGGAAGUGUUGGUUUCCAGUCUUGUUUCCAAUCUGCUUCAUUCCACUCUUCAGCUUUAUAAGCAUAACUUGUCUCCAAAUUUUUGUGUAAUGCAUCUUGAAGACCGGUUACAGGAGCUAUACUUCAAGAGCAAAAUGCUGUCUGAGUACCUGAGGGGGCAGAUGCGUGUUCACGUCAAGGAGCUGGGAGUGGUUUUAGGGAUUGAAUCCAGUGAUCUUCCUCUUCUGGCUGCUGUAGCAAGCACUCACUCUCCAUAUGUUGCUCAGAUACUACUUUAACAGAAAGACUGUUGGAAAUUAACUUUGGUGGAAAGUUAUGUAGAAACCAAGGAAGCAGUCACAACAUGCAUUUAUGGCAAUUUUUUUUCUCUGUCAGACCUUCAUCUGAAUGAGUCAGUCACCUGGGUGGUAUUCUGCAUUGCAGUGCAUAUUGUGUCAUCACUGGAUGGCUUUUUCAUUUUGAUUGGACUUCUGGAUGGUGGCAUAUUUUUAACCAAGUGAAACUAAAAACAGCAUUUGGGGGGAAAGCAUGUGAAGAAGCCAAAGUGUAACUUCGACGUUUCUACAAAAUGAAUAACAUUGUGGAAUUUCAUUAUGAUCACUACAGUCUUUCCACAACCCAUAAGUAGGAGGAACGGAUAUCUCAUGAUUAAAUGGCUCAGAAAGAGUCAUUUCAUUAGUUUUAAUUCUUUAUUUCUAAGGUACAAAGAUCUAUGAAACUUUAUUUGUGUUUUUCAAUUCAAAAUAGCUAAUUUCUGGGUAUUUCUCAAAGUAUUUUAAACAGCUUGUUAAUUAGAAUAAACUCAGAAUAAAGGGUAUAAAUAUGUGUUACGUUAUCCACCCAAGUGUACAUAUGUAUCUAUUUUUUAAAAAAGCAGAGGGAGAAAUACAAGAUUGGUAAACAUGCCUUUUUAAAAAAUAUAUUUUCAACUAGGAUUAAUUGUAUAUAAUGUUGAAAUAUUACUUUCUGGUGAUUUUUCUGUUUCACACACCCUAAAAUAUAAGUAAAGCCAAUCCGUUUUUUAAGGCUGAGGAAUAUAGAUUCCCAAAAUAAGAAUACUACUUUAUACCAUUUGUUUUAAGUAUAAGCUAAUUCUUAUAAAUGUUAAUAUUUACGUAUUUGCAUUUAAUUUAAUAAAUUAAAAUUAGGAUUAAAAAUUGCACCAAAGCAUUGGCAGAAAUAAUACUAUUUUCUUUAAAAGUGCUCAGGUAGCCGAGGCCCUU